AUGGAGAUGCCGCAUGUUCUCCGUGCUAUUAACGAGGGUAAGUACAGAAAGACGUAUAAUCGAGGCCGAUCACUUAAAGCAAAUACAAACGACCUUUUGACUGUGUUCCCCGAGAAGCCAUUCAAUCCUGCAAUGUCGUACCACAAAUUUCAUAUUUUUCCCAAGCUUAUGCCCAAGUGUUUCAAAAGCAUUGAAAUACUUGAGCGAGAUGAGUUUCCCUUGGCAACUUACAAAGUGGAGAAAAGAGAAUUCUUAGACGAGGCCAAUAUGACUACCACUCACACCGUGCAGAGUGGAGAGAUAAUGAAUGAGUACAAGACAUACAAGCGGACUUUGAAAGUAAUCCCUGGAGCCACUUCGGGUACUUUCACUGUGAAGUGGAUUAUUGAGUACGAACCGGCUCAUGAAGGUGAGGUUGUACACCCAGAGAAAUGCAAGAAAACUGCUGUAACACCUUCAAGAUCUUGGAAAAACAUCUGCUCUCCAACACACAUCCAGCGGCUUAGCAUAGCUGUUACUAUAUCUCUCCCUAUUGCUGAUUAA